AUGGUUCUCAGCCUCCUAAUCCCGACCUCGACAAUCACCGCAUCAGUGCAUGGAACGCGUGAAUUAAGCCCCUGGAAGCGCCGUCUCUGGGAAUGGCAUGUAGGCUGGCUCGGUCUGUGCCUCAGUCUUGCUGGCGCCUUUUUCGUCGUCUUAGGACUGAAAGAUAUCGUCGGAAAGCCUCGACCUGAUUUCCUGGCCCGAUGCGACCCCGACCUUUCCAACAUCUCCGCCCAUCUAGCCGGCGGCUUAGGUCUGAGACGCGAAGGAGCCGCAGUUCUAGUCCGCGCCAGUAUCUGUCAGAACACAGACGCUGCUGUUAUCAAAGAUGGAUUUGCAGCUUUCCCAUCGGGACACUCCUCCUUCGCCUGGGCAGGCCUUCUCUAUCUCUCACUCUGGCUCUGCGCUAAAUUUGCAAUCAUCCCGCCGUCUCAUCGUACCGGACACUCCGCACUUACCAGGAACGGACCCCCAGCAUACCCACUAACUUCACGGCCAGCCGCGCCGCCUCUAUAUCUCCUCUUGAUUGCCACCAUUCCUGUUGGUCUUGCCCUUUGCAUCUGUGCGACCCGCUACUCAGACUACAUGCAUGCCGGGUGGGACAUCAUGAGCGCCACUAUAAUUGGAAUCUUCUUCGCGUGUCUCAGCUUCCGGUGGUACCAUACCUUCCCAUCAACGAGGCUUAUAAGUCCUACCGAGGACGGUGGAGGGUGGGCAUUCCCACCACGGUCCAGACCGCACGCUCUUUGGGUGGCGUAUGGUAGUCGAGGAUAUGCCGAAAAUGACAAUAUCAGUGGAUAUGAAGAUUUGGAACUGAGGCCUGUGGGACACUGA